AAGUUCUUCUGAGGGCGGAUACUCUGCUUCUACAAAAACAACAGUCAGUCCAAAAAGCUCACAGCUCGUCCAGAGACGAUCCAAACAAAGAGGUGAUAAAAUGGGUCUGUUCCAGAGUCAGCCCAAAGAGAGAGAGGGGGGCGAGGUACGGAGGCCAGAAGUGCAUGUGGAUCCGCACAUUCAGACAGUCAUGCUGGAACGCCGACUGGCUGCACUGGGACGGCUGGAGGAACAUUUGCGGUUGAACGGAUACGCAUUAGAAGGCAACAGGAGCCUGACUCAGAAGAGAUACGACCCUCAAGACCCAACACUGAAGUUUGUGGAGACAGAGGAUGAGUUAGAUUUUUUGUGUGAAGGCUUCAGGUCUCGUAGAGCUCUGAUGUCCUGUGGUCACGCUGUUACUCCCACGUCUCUGACCAACUGGUGUUUUAAGCAACUGGAUGACGGUAAGAGCAGGUUUAUGUGUGGACAAACUGGCUGUAACGUAGAAUGGUCUUAUGAGGAGGUUUGUAAAAUGGCUCUACUGACCCCUGAAGAAAAGAAGCUCUUUGAAAAAGCCAUGAGCUCCAACGCUGCCAGAGCCAACACCAGACCAUGUCCUGGAUGUGAAUCUCCUGUGGUCAGAACCGACCUGUUUAAUCUCAGAGUUCACUGCUCAGUUUGCUCAGUGAACAGAAGUGGGAGCUAUGACUUCUGCUGGCAGUGUCUGAGGGAGUGGAAGGGUCCUGAUCCACGUUCAGACCGCUGCGACAACGAUGGCUGCUGCAACCAGUCAGUAGAAACACUGCAGACCUGCCCGGAAAUGCUGCUCAGGUCUGUGAAGUGUCCGUCCAUCAGAGCGUGUCCCACCUGUGGCAUCCUGCAGCAGCUGGACAACAGAACCUGUAAAAUUGUUCACUGUCCUCGUUGUAAGAAACAUUUUUGUUUUGUGUGUCUCAAAGUGGCAAGUUACCAUCCGUGCAGUGUUGCUGCUCCUCGACAGACGUCUGUGCCCGUUUGGCAGAAGAAAUAAUAAAUGUCGAGUACAGCAGACUUUGGUUUCUUCUGAUUUGUAAAAUAACAUCAUGUCAUGUUUAUAGAAAUGUUUGUAAAACAUGAUUGUAGAUUAUAAUGAUAUGAGUGAUUGUUCAUCAAUUUGCUACCUUAUGUAAUCAUCAUUAUUUAGUAUGACAUUUAUGAAUCUACAUUAGCUUCAUUAAUUCAUACAAAUGAACUUCGGCUUCCAUUAAAAGUCUUUAACCCUUA